AUGCAGAGGGUGUGGGACGUGGAGGAGAGGAUGUGGGACGUGGAGCAGAGGGUGUGGGACGUGGAGCAGAGGGUGUGGGACGUGCAGCAGAGGGUGUGGGACGUGGAGCAGAGGGUGUGGGACGUGAAGGAGAGGGUGUGGGACGUGGAGCAGAGGGUGUGGGACGUGGAGCAGAAGGUGUGGGACGUGGAGCAGAGGGUGUGGGACGUGGAGCAGAGGAUGUGGGACGUGGAGCAGAGGGUGUGGGACGUGGAGCAGAGGGUGUGGGACGUGGAGCAGAGGGUGUGGGACGUGGAGCAGAGGGUGUGGGACGUGGAGGAGAGGGUGUGGGACGUGGAGCAGAGGGUGUGGGACGUGGAGCAGAGAGUGUGGGACGUGGAGGAGAGGGUGUGGGACGUGGAGCAGAGGGUGUGGGACAGGGUGUGGGACGUGGAGCAGAGGGUGUGGGACGUGGAGCAGAGGGUGUGGGACGUGGAGCAGAGGGUGUGGGACGUGGAGCAGAGGGUGUGGGACGUGGAGCAGAGGGUGUGGGACGUGCAGCAGAGGGUGUGGGCCGUGGAGGAGAGGAUGUAA